AACGUCAGGUGACUAUGGAGUCAGCUGAUUGUAGCAGACAGGACAUGGCCGAGCAGAAGGAAUACUAAUGAGGGAGCGGAUCACAAACAUCCACCUUUUCGCCAAGGCUGAACUAAGUCUUUGCUUUAUAUGAAAAGCGCGACCUGGGUGAAAUAGAUUUCUCCAAGAUUUGUGGUAACAGGUUAUGGCUAUGGCAGAACCCAUGGAGAACGGCCCCAGCAAUUGCAACGGCGAGGCCGAGCAGGUUUGGGAGAGACCCUGGACUUUGGAUGAGAUGCGGAUAAACAGCGCAAAUUGGUCUUUAGCUGCAGAUUCCGGGCUUUUUCAUUACCUGCAAAACUUCUCUCAGCGGAUGCUGUCUAAGACGCAUGAGAUCGAAAAACAGCUGGAUGGCCUUAUUCGGGACACCAAAGCAACUGAUAGCUGCCUCCACACCGUCUUUAAUGACUUUCUUAUGCUUUCAAACACACAAUUCAUAGAAAACAGGGUUUAUGAUGAAGAAGUGGAGGAGCCUGUCCCAAAAACAGAGACUCAGGAGAAACGUCCUGAACAGGAAAAGACACGAGAACAGAAAGAAGCUGAGCUGAUACCUAAAGUCCAAGAGGCGGUAAACUAUGGUCUGAAAGUCCUGGAAGCUGCGUUUGAGCAGCUGGAUGUAAAAGUAGGGAACUCUGACUCUGAGGAUGAGGAGGCGGCUGACCGAGUGGAUCCCAUUCUAGAACCCAAGGAUUUAUACGUCGACAGGCCGCUACCAUACCUGAUCGGAUCUCAGGCUUUUAUGGAACAAGAUGAUGUUGGCUUGGGAGAUCUCUCCAGCGAUGAAAUGUCCAUCGACAGUGAUCGGGAGAGUUUUGUUGAGAGUGAAGUGGAUAGAGACCAGGAGGAGCCCUCAGACGAGGACUUUGACCAAGAUGGAGAAAUCCAAGGAAGAUUAAAGUAUAAGGCAGUCAGUUCUGAUGAAGAGGAAGAAAAUGAAGAUUCAGACUUAUUUGGAGAAUCUGAUAAAGAUGACGACGAAGCCCGAAGGGAUGACACGGGACCAGUGUCUUUUGCUGAUCAACUGGCUGCAAGAAUUAAAGAUGCAACAAAAAAGCCAGAAGCAGACCGUACAUCAUUGUCAUCAGGCACAUCCAUCACCAAGAGGAAAAAAAGAGGAAAGAAACAGCCUGAGGCACAGGUGGAAGAUGAUGAUGAGAUGUUCAAGCCUCCACAAAUGGAAGAUGAUGAAUAUUCUCCGUUUGGAGGAAAGGGGGGUCUCUUUAGUGGAGGUAAAGGACUGUUUGAUGAUGAUGAGGGUGAUCUGUUUUCAGAGGCACCCAAGGAGAAAGGAGCAUCUCAAAAAACUGAAAUCGUCAACACUAAGAAAAUUCCCACGGGUGCAGUUUCCAUUUUUCCAGGAAACAGUCUCUUUGGCUCUCCAAAUGGUUCAGACUCAUUAGAGAGCAAAGAGAACGACAGUCUAACCAAAUCCACAGUGCAGGCAGCUCGAGAGCAGACCUCAAUAGGAAGUAGACUUUUUGGUGACAAUGAGGAGGACGACGACGACUUUUUCAGUGGCAAGACACACAAAAAAACUACGUCUGCUGCACAGGAGAAAGUCAGGCCAAAGACGACAGCAGACCUGUUUGGCAGUGACGAAGAUGAUGAGGAGAGUGACAUUUUUAGCGUGCGCAAGAAAGUUGCGGAAGAAGCAGAGGUGGUUCAACCUCCUGAGAAAAAGUUACCUGCUGGUGCCAUCUCCAUGUUUGGGCCCGGAACUAAUAGUCUCCUCGCAGAAAGCCUGAAGAAACGUCAUCCUUCAACAAGUGAGGAUUCUGUGAAAUCUGAGGAGUGUAUUCCACCUCCUUUGGUCAAACCAUCAGUUGCACCUAAAACAACAGAGAAAGCACAGAGCAAGAGUCUUUUCUCUGAUGAUGAGGACUCACAGAUAUUUCCUACUCUGCCAAAAAGUCAGUCCAAACCAGAAGGUCCAGCACCGAAAAGACCGAGCAAGGCUACCAUCUCUAUAUUUGAUGACGAGGAGGAGGAGGAUCUGUUUUCCUCUGUGCCAAAAUCUCAAUCAGUUCAGGUCAAAACAACAGCUCCUCCACCCAAAAAAACUUUAUCAAGUUCACUUUUUAGUGAUGAUGAGGACCAGUGGAUGAGUGCCCAGCAAAGUCCAGCCAAGCCUGAUGUAAAGGGUAGUGGGAUGAAGUCUAGCACCAGUGCCCCCUCCAGGCUCCCCAGUGCUAAAGCCCCAGAGAAAGACAGCUUGUUUGACGAUGAUGAUCUGUUUGCUGCCACCAAAGAGACGAGUCAAAAGAAACCUCAGAGAGUCUCCCUACUCUUUGAGGACGAAGACGACGAAGACAAAGGGUCACUAUUUGGUUUCAAACCAUCUGCAAACAUAGGAACUCCGGAAGUCAAGGUGCCGCCUGCUGCAUCUCAGUCUUCCUCUCUGUUUGGUCCAGAGGACACGCAGGAAGUGGCAAAUGCAGCUGAAGUGAAGCCUUUAGACAAGAAGGCAGAACAGGCAGCAUCUUCCCCUGAGGAGGCUAACAAGAGUAAAAAGCCUGCUGGAGCUGUUAGCUUGUUCGGAGGAAUUAAUGUGCUAGGAGAUGAAGCCAAAAUCAGCACAAAACCGGAUAAGAAUGCACUGGAGGAUUUUGAUGAUCUUGACUGGCAUAAGGAAGCUCCACCACCCAUGGAGACCAAGGAGAAAAAGGCCAAGAAAAGCACAUAUAGUCUGUUUGAUGACGACGACGACGAAGAAGAACCCGAAGAAAUACCUCCUCUUUCCACAUCAACCAAGCAGAUGGACAAAAGUAUAUUAAAGCCUGAGGAGGCGCAAGCUUUUGUGAAGAGCACAGGAGUGUUUCAGGAUGAGGAGCUUCUGUUCAGCCAGACACAACAAAGAGACAAUGACCCAGAGGUGGACCUCUUUGCUACCACUGCUAAACCCUCAAGAACUGUACCGAGCUCAGCGAAGCCUGCUUUGUCCACAUUGUUUGGCGAGGAAGAGGAUGAUGAUGACCUGUUCGGCUCUGCGAAGCCAAAAGUUCCUCCGAAAGUUCCCAGUAAGCCGAGUAAAGCUAAACAUGAUGAAACCGAGACGGAUGCAAGUACAGUACAGUCAGCUAAGAGUGAGAAGCCUACAAGUCCUGUAAAAGCCAAAGAAACUUCAUCGAAGAUUGGAAAACUUCAAGCUAAUUUGGCCAUCAACCCUGCCAGCCUUGUACCAGGAGCUGGUCCACGGCUUCCAGGUGCAGUCAGCAAAACCCCCAAUUUGGCUCAGUCCUCCUCACCCAGACCUGCAGGGCUGCCGGUCUCUUCUGCCACUGCGGGACUCCAGGCUGCUGCUGAGGGAGGGAGUAGCUUUGAUCAGCCAGCUCAGGUCACCACACUACAGAAUGCCAAUAAGGACCGCAUUAAAGGUGCAACGCAACGGCGUCCUCAAACACGUGCAGCGAGACACUUGGCUGCUCAGCACUCUGAAGAAGCCCAUCUGGAAGAAAAGUCUGCACUUCAGGCCGGUUCUGCACCUGGAACGACUUCAGCACCGUCUGCCUUUAAUCCUGUACCAGCCAGACCCACAGCUCUCACACUACCGAUAACCACUAGCACCACUACGGUGCCUGCACAAACACUCUCUGAUGGAGCAGUGCGGCCCAAGAUUCUCCCUCCUGCUGAAGAAGACUUGUUUUCCUCAGAGGACCUUUUUGUUUCUGCCACAGUCCCUAAGCAGGCUCCUCCACCCCAAACCAAAACAAAGGCUCUUGAAACAAUGCCCCAUGGUGCUGCCAAAAAAAAAGAGCCAGCUCUGCCUAACUAUAACGACCAUAGUGAGGAUCUCUUUGCCAAAGUCAAGCCAAAGCCGGUGAAGAAAUCCAAGGCUAUGCCGUUCCUUGAUGAUGAUGAUGAUGAUGACAUUUUUGGAACAGAGAAGAAGAAGGACCCUAAGACAAUUCCCAGCUCAAACAAACCAGACAUUUUCCAGGAUGAUAAUAAAACACCCUCCAAGGUACAUAAGAAACCUAAAGAAAAGAGCUUGGAGGCAAGCCUGUUUGACGACGAUGUCGACAUUUUUGCUGAUUUGACUCCUCCGACAAAGCCGAAGGAGAAAAAGGCGAAGAAGAAAGUUGAAGCUAAAUCAAUAUUUGAUGAUGACAUGGAUGAUAUUUUCUCAUCUGGAAUAACAAAACCAGUAGGGGCCUCAACUGCUAAGAAGUCGAAGAAGCCUGUGCAGGAAAACAACUCGGCAGAGGAAUCAGGCCAUAGUAUUUUUGAUGAUCCUCUUAAUGUGCUUGGUGGAAACUAAAGCUCUAAAAUUUGUGUAGAGAUUGUUGGACUGAUAGACUGGAACAUUUUGAAGUAAUACUAUUGAUGGAUAAUUUAUAAAAUCUAGAAUAAAACAGCCUUAUGACAAACAGAUAAUAAAAAAAAACUAACUUUUAACGUUAUAUAAAAACUCAUGUUUGAUCAAUAGCAAACAUCAUCAUAAAGAGAUGAAAAGAAAUCUUUAGUAACUUCUAAUGGCAUCUGCUUUUCUCUUAGCAGUCGGGUAAAGCCACUGCCAUGAAGUGUUAUUUAGAUUAUUAACGGAUUGUUUUAUUUCUUUGUGUUUAUUAUGGUGAAGCACUUUAAAAUUGUCAUCAUAUAAAAUCAAAUUGAUUUGAUUGUGAAUGGAUCCAUUCCUCUGACAUGGUAAACACGGUUUAUUUUGAGUUCUUUUGCAUCACUUUUGCAUUUGACUGUCGGGAUUAUUUUUCAACCUUAGUGCUCAUUGUCUUUGAUGCUGUUUUUAUAAAUUUUUGUGUUGCAUGUAAAAUGAUUUUUUUUUUUGUAAACUAAAGAAAAUAUAUUUUA